CGCUGGCAUUUGGCGAGCGGGGCCGGGCUGGCCGUGCCGGAGCCGGACCACGGCUACCACAGCCUGGAGGAGGAGCAGCAGCACCACAAGGGCCGCCCUGCGAUGCCGGCGAGCUGAAGCGGCCCCAGGAGCCGAGCGAUGAGGAGAGACAAGGUGGAGGUGUUCCCUUGGAGCAGGAGGGGAUCAGGGGUUCAGCUGAAGAGGAGGAAGCUCUGACUGAAGAGGAGGAGGACGAGGAGGAGGACUCCGAAAUAGAGCAAAACCUUCCAGUUUCAGCCAGACCUGUCUGUGCUAAUAAAUUGAUAGACUAUAUCAUAGGGGGAGUUUCCAGUGGGGAGGAGAGUGGGGAUGAUGAGGAGGACUGGGAUGAUGAUGAUGAUGACGACGACGGGUUUGAUAGCGAGGGGCUCCCCUCUGAUUCAGACGCCGGUAGCCAGGACGGGGAGAGGCUUCACCUCUGGAAUUCCUUCUAUAGUUUGGAUCCGUACAACCCUCAGAACUUCACAGCCACCAUUCAGACAUCGUCAAGCGGUCCGGGAAAGGACAUGUCGGAUGUGGAAGAGGAGGAGGAGGAAGAGGAGGAUUCCUCGUGGGCAGAGGAGUCCUCAGACUCUCCGCACCCCAGUUCUGAAGAGGAGGAGGAGGAGUGGGACUGUAGCAGUGUGGAUGAGGCAGAGAACUUGAAACUUUGGAACUCGUUCUGUACCUCAGAUGAUCCGUAUAAUCCUCUAAAUUUCAAGGCAGCCUUUCAAACGGCGGAGAAGAAAGGGCCGUCUGGUUUAAAAGGAGCAGAGAGGCCGAGUUUGGCGACUGCCGAGUGCAGUCACUUGACUGUCUGUCGGGUGCAGCUGGACAAACACAACUGUGGGCUCCCUGAUGUGCAGCCCGGCAUUCUGUCUGAUGAGAAAUGUAGGAGUACCAAGCGGAAAAAGGUAACCUUCCUUGAAAAAGUCACUGAGUAUUACAUAAGCAGCGAGGAGGAUCGUAAAGGACCCUGGGAAGAGCUCGCGCGGGAUGGGUGCAGGUUCCAGAAACGGAUCCAGGAAACAGAAGAAGCCAUAGGGUACUGCUUCUCAACCGAGCACAGACAAAGAGUGUUUAACAGACUCCAAGAAACCUGCUACGAGAGGGUUGAUCUCUUCUAG